CGAGCGCUCGCCCGCAGUGACGUUUCGUUGCUUCGUGUCCCGAUUCGAUUUGUGCAAGCAAUAAAAGCGGCAUUUUUCUUCAAAAAUUUCUUGUUUUAAGCUAGUAUUUCAAUUUUAAAAAAAGGAAUAAGAAAGUAAACGAUUGACUAGUAUUAUAAGCAUUUGUUUCAAAGUAUUCAAGUUGUACAUCAAGUAAGCGACCUUUCGUUUAAGAGUAUAACAACAGCCGAAAAAUGCACACGGUUCUUACACGGGGGAACGCCAUCCUGGCCUAUUCCCUGAGCGUACUGGCUUUCCUGACGUUCUGCUGCUUUGCGUCAACUUUCUUCAACGAUUAUCGAACUCCGGCUCGGAUUAACACCGUCAAAGUGCUAGUCAAAAACGUUCCGGAUUUCAGCGCUUCCCGGGAAAAGAAUGAUCUGGGCUUCCUGACGUUCGAUCUCAAUACCGAUCUGAAUGGGUUGUUCAACUGGAAUGUGAAGCAGCUGUUCCUGUAUCUGACGGCCGAAUACCAGACGGAACAGAAUGAGCUCAAUCAGGUGGUCCUGUGGGACAAAAUCAUCCUGCGAGGCGAAAACGCCCUGCUGGACUUUAAGAACAUGAACACCAAGUACUACUUCUGGGACGAUGGCAACGGUUUGAAGGGCCACCAGAACGUGACGCUGACGCUUUCCUGGAACAUCGUUCCCAAUGCAGGACUGCUUCCGAAUGUAUUUGCUCACGGACAUCAUUCGUUCAAGUUCCCGGAAACCUACAUGCCGUCGCCGGUCUAAAGAAAUAAAAAAUAACACAAGAACACCUACAAGAGCUUAUCGGUGAUUAUAAAAGAGCUCAAAGAAAACGAAUCGAUACUUAAAUAAGCCACCAAAGGGUUCGUUUUUCGUCGAACUGCAGCUGACGAUGCAGCAUUUACAUUCAUUCCUUUCUAAUUAUUUUAAUUUUUGUUUGCAAAUUGGAGCUGCCUGUCUCAACAUCAUCAAUCAUCAAUAAAAAAAAACCAAACUGCAGGAACAUCUGGUUGAAGUGUUCCCUAGAACUAGGUGCAAUUCUUCCUCAGUUCUUCAAUUAUGUAUGUUUAGUUGAAAGGAGAACAUGUUCGAAAUAAAAUAAAAUUUGAAA